CUAUCAGAUUCACCAGUAGCUGUGCUACUUUUAUAAAAGUGGAGUAGUUAGUUUGGCAUAAAAAACUACUUAAUCCAGAGGAUCAGGUUGAGCCUCACUUGAUUAUGGCCGCUGUGCCAACCACUGGUGCUGCGGGAGCUGCUCAUGUCACAGCCGUGCCACUGCAGCAGGGCAUGCAGAUCAUGAAUGUCAGACCAACACAAGGAAGCUUACUGCAACCUCAGCAAGUCAGAUCUUUGGCUCCCAGAAUGAUUCUCAGCCCACAAGUUUUGCAUAAUGUCAGACCAGGACAGCCUGGGGUAAUUUCUGGUUCUCCUGGACAUCUUAUCAUAAAAUCGGAUGGGGGGCAGAUGCACCUGGUGAGAGUGAAUCCCACGGUCGGACAAGGCCAGGGCGUUGGAGUGACCGUCAACAAUGCCGUCUCCUCCAACGCCCUGCCUGCCACGUCUGUCCAUGUCACACUCAACCAGCUCGCCUCCUCAAAUAAUGCAGGAAUUGUUGCUGCUCAUCCAUUUAGAUUUCAACAGUCACAAGUGACAGUGGUCUCCAGCAGUGGGCAGAACGCCAUAGCUUCAGUUGCUCCCACCACAGUUAAUAGUUUAAACCUCAAUAAUAUAGUCCCAAAUAUGACCACUUUGAAUAACUCAAGCAAUAUGAAUAAUAGUAUUCCAUCGUCAACUAUAAUGAACAACAGUACAAACCACUCAAACAACAUUGUAGCCGCCUCCCCUGUCCUCAGUUCUGCAUUAGGUAACAAUGUGCAGCCCCACCAGCCUGCUGGCAAUGCUGUUCAGGCUCAACCUCAACAGAUGCAAACAAUAUCAGCUGAAUCUGCCAAGACCAAGUGUAAGAACUUCCUUGCAACGUUACUGAAGCUUGCUGGAGAACAGAAGCAGCCUGUGGCCAAGAACGUCCGUAGUCUCAUUCAAGGUCUCAUAGAUUCUAAAGUGGAGCCUGAAGCUUUUACUGAAGAAUUGCAAAAAGACCUCAACUCUUCUCCACAACCUUGUUUAGUGCCUUUCCUUAAGAAAACUCUACCGUUCCUGCGAGCAUCUUUAGCGCGUGGCGAGAUCACAAUAGAAGGAGUGAACCCUCCGCCCCCCAGCAGCAUCCCAGUGCAGCCCGGUGCCACCACCGUCAUCCCUACUGCUCCCGUUUUAAGGGCGCCCAUAGUGCAGCAGCAACAACCGCAACCUCAACAACAGCAAAUUAGGUUAACAAAGACAGCUGUAGUGAACAAUGUAGUGGGCAUCCGACCGCCUGUCAAUACGAUGGUAGUGCAGCAGUCUCUACACCCCGUGGUGAACGCUACUACCGCCCCUACCACCAUAUUGCAGGCUAACUCUAACUCUGCUACACAUAACGGUACUCCUGCUACUGCCCCCUCCCCUCUACCGCCCUCGUCUGUAAACAGCAGCAGGUCUGUUGUGUCCGUGCAGGCGAGCAAGAACAACAAGGACAGGUUUAAGGAAAAGCAACAACAUCAAUCAUAUGCCUUCAACAGUGCAGCUGACGACGAUAUCAACGACGUGGCGGCGAUGGGUGGCGUGAAUUUAGGAGAAGAAAGUCAAAGAAUUCUGGACUCAACGGGUUUUGUGGGCACGCAAAUUAGAUCUUGCAAAGACGAAGUUUUCUUAUUACAACAGCCGCUGGCACAGCGGUUAAAACAAAUAUGUAGCAAACACGACAUGGAAGAGCCGAGCAAAGAGUUCAGCGCACUCUUGUCACAUGCAGUGCAAGAGCGUUUAAAAACCGUUAUAGAAAAACUUUCUGUCAUUGCUGAGCAUAGAAUAGAUAUUAUAAAGAACGAGCCCCGGUACGAGGUGCUACAAGACGUUAAAGGCCAACUACGAUUUUUGGAAGAUCUCGACAGGCUCGAGAAGAAACGUAAAGAUGAAGUCGAACGCGAGAUGUUGCUCAGAGCUGCCAAGUCCCGUAACAAAAACGAGGAUCCUGAACAGGCUAAACUCAAAGCUAAAGCUAAAGAGAUGCAACGGGCAGAAAUGGAGGAGAUGAGGCAGCGAGAUGCUAACAUGGCGGCCCUCAAAGCCUUGCAGGGACCCAGGAAAAAAGCCAAGGUCGACAACGCAGAUGAUAGUGGAUCUUUCAGUGGGACUUUAUCUCAGAAACAGAUGCCGCUUCGGCAGCGCACCAAGAGAGUCAACAUGAGAGAUUUGACUUUCCUGAUGGAGCAAGAAAAAGACCUCAACAAAUCUAAUUUACUUUAUAGAACUUAUCUUAAAUAGCACCCACCUCUAGGAACUUGAAUUGUUAUUUGAAUUUGUAGCGUUAGAGAAAAAUAAUUAUUUAUGUUUAACAUUAUUCUUAAAUGACUAAUUAGAAUGAAGUAAGUGUGAUGUCUAAGCUUUAUGAGGUUUCGUUGGUAAAGUUCACACGAUAUUCCUUUGUCAGGUAGCAAAUAUUUGUGAAAGAUCUAGCUGAAGUGCGGUCGCUUUUCUGAUAAUUUUGAAUUGGUGGUGCAUUACCAUUUCCCAGCUACGUCGUGUUCUACUCUCUGUACAUAUUUAUUUCCAUAUCUUCUUGCCGGGUAGGUAUCGUGAAUAGUUGGCGUGUUCUGAUAAUAGAAUACAUGUUAUUUUUUAUACGAAAAAGCGCGUCGCUCUUUAUUUCAAAAAAUUUGCACAUAAUUUUUGUUACUGAAAUUAUCCGUGUUUUUAGUGGUGUUUUUUUUAGGUGGACAUGCGAUACUGGGCUGGUGAGCUUGGGGGUGUGUUCUGCUUGGGUUGCUAAACACAAUGCUACAAUUGGCUUUUGUUAGACAAUCGGCAAAUGGACUUCUUAGUCUGGAUUUGCCCAAAUUGUUCAUUUCCAUUUUAGCUAAUAUGUGUCGGUCGUUCUCAAAUAUGACAAAGAAAGAUAUGGGCCGUGUUGUUGAUUUCUGGGUUAUUUGUAGGUGACUUGUAUCCAAGUUUCCUAUCAGAAGACAGGCGCUCGAAUGAAUGCAUCGAUGAUGUGAUGUGUGCGCCCUCACGGCCGAGCUUCUACUCAAUACAUUGUAGUUUAUUACUGAUUGCAGCAACUCUGUCACUGGCCAAUUAAUGCCUUCUCAUCAGCAAUGCCUGAAAUCAAUGUUAGAAGCGUUGUGCUCCUAUCACCGAAUGUUUAUUUAUUUGAUGAACCUUGUUACCUAAAAGAGCUCUGAAUAUGAUGCACUUGGUCAGUCAACUCGGCCCAUUGAGUCACCGAAAAGCGAUCUGUGUUUGUAAUUUCGUCGCUCAAUUUCGAUUUUAAUCUCAAGAUUUUACGCAGCGCUAUUUGACUUCUCCGUCAUUUUCCAAAAACUUAACAAUUUAACUUUUUGAUGCUGAAAACGAGUUAUUAUUCUCCUGUCAGCUCUUCUUCACAAGUUUAUUGAAUCACAUUGAUUCAGAAAUUUCAUAUUGCAUUUUUUUGCCGUGAUUAAUUAACUUACAAUUUAGUAUCAAAGAAAAUAACGAGAGCGGUCGUCAUAUUUACAACGAAACCGUUUCAGUGGCCUCCUCCGCAGUCAGCUCAGUAAUACAAAACAUGUAGGAUUAUCAAUUUACAUGACUAAAUUACCUCAGGGGACACUUGAAACCCAACUUGAGAAAUGAAGUGACGUCAAAACUUGUAAGAAUGUCAAGCAAAUGAGAAAUGUAAGGAUUGUCCAGGCGCGGUUUCCGUUUUAGAAAAAAUAGUCAUGAAUUCAGCGUCGUCUGAAUGAAGCUGAAAUUAUAAAAUGCAUUUGGGUCACAGUUAUGCCCUGCUAAUCGCGUGUCAUUCGGCAGUUCGUUCGCCCUGCAUUCGGCGAACUGCCGAAUGACGUAGCUGCGUAUGUAGGGAAUCUGCUGAUGAGAGUUCUUUUUGGAGUUGCUGAAUGUUUUUAAACGAGAGCGUUGUAUGAAGAACGCGCAUAGUUAUUAUUAACUUGAAAAUUUUUUUUGGUAGUUUAUGCGACUCUCCACCUUCCAUUGGCCGGGUUAGGUUUCAAUCUCAAUCAUGUAAAUUCUUGUACUAACUGAAAUGCUUAACUUAUAAAAUUUCCCGACACGUUUAGCUAAAAAAUUUGUUAUGUUCUCUGAAUUUAUUUGAUUUAUUCUUAGCAUUUCAUGGUGUUCAUUAAUAUAAUCUUGUUUUGCGAACUCGUUUGUAUCCAUCAAGAUGCUUCCAAACUCUGCUCCAUUUCUUACGAAUAAAAGCUCUCAAUUUCUCCUCCAACUUAAGCGUUGCAAAAGUUUCACGAUGCUGGGACGUCGCGUCUGCUCGGAAAUUUGUGUUGGUAAGUCACUUCAUAAAUUAUGGUAUUGCCACUCCUAAUGUGUCAUUUAUGUUGAUUUUUAUAGAAUAGUUUUUUUUUAUUUACGGCACGAAUGAUGGUAAAAAAAAGUGUCGAAACACAUGCAAGAGAUAUUUAUUGUACCCCGUUUCUUUAGUUCGAAAGAUUGAGCAAAAAAUUGUGAUUUAAUGUGUGUGAGGAAGAAGGGGUUAUUGACAAUGGAAGUGCCCGCCAAAUUUUAGGAGCAAGAUUGAGACUGCAUUGUUGCCACGGUUGGUUGUAGACAUCAGCUGCCAACCAUGGCCGUGGUCUUCUUGGUAUUUCACUUCUCGCCUCUGCUCGUGGAUUGCUACUGACGUGGCUUGUUCUGGCUCGUUGACGCUUGUUGAAAGUGCCAAGACUUUGUAAUAUUAUGGCGAAAUUUAAUCGUCUUAAAUUUUUUGUCGGCUCUUCAGAUAAAUAAGAUUGUGUUUCCUAUUGAUUACAAUCAUUGCAUAGUCGUAAGUCUUCUUCGUAAAUAGUUAUUCUUUCUGUACGAACUAUUAUCGAAUUAUUCACUUAAAAUAAUUGAGGAAAAAUGUUCUAUGAAACGCCCGUCGCGAUAGUUGUUGAAUUGUUCCAAAUUAAACACUUGUGCUGCUGCAAUUAACUAGAGUGUUUUCCCCAGACAGUUUUUCAACGCUAGUAGUUAUUAUUUAAUAAACCUGUGUUGAGGAGCCGAAUUAUUUAUGUUAAUGUACCUGGCUGUUUUUUAUUAUGUGUAUUCGAGUGAAAGAAUCCAAUUUUGGGCACGAAAUAUCAAUGUACUUUCAUAUAAUGCCUGGCGGGUAAAAAGCGUUCUUCACUCCUAAACCUGAUCAUGUAAUUAGGAAAGUCAUCUUUGUGAGCAUAGGCCUGUAUCCGUCCUUGUAUGUAAUCUUAAUUUGCGCUCGACGAAUCUAGGUUCUGUUAAAUUUAAAGUUUUAUUUUAUUCUGGCUUGCGUAAAGUUUUGAUUUGUUAUGAGCGAUAGUUUCGUGGAAGUAAAAUGAAACGCGACUCGCCUCUAUUAGUCUUCCAGCAAUCUCGAACAAUUAAUUAUUAUAUCUGGAUCACAACGUUAGUGACAAUUAUAUUUAAUUCAUUAUUGAGCUAACUCUAAAGUUUCGAUUAAGCGAGGGAAAUUUCCGUCAUUUGAAACUAACCCUGCUCUGAGAUGAAUUUCACAACAUACGUUCACGUUUUAAAUAACUGUAACCCUGACCUCAUUGUGCUUCUCUCAAAUGAGCUAAUAACAUUGUUUGUAUUUUUAGAUGGUAAAGCUUUAUAAUUUCUAGCUGACUUAUCUUGAGUUGCGCUACAUGGGAAAAGAGUCGCUAAUUUUGAGGCAGGUGUCUGUACGGUUUAGAAUUUAUAAAUUAGAAAGAGAAACGCAUUAACGUGCAAGAUUGAAUAAAAUGUGAACUAUGUAGCUGAUCUGUUUAUAUCUGAUCAAGGAUGCAGCGUACGAGCGCCGAAAUCUGAGUGACUGGUUUUACGUAUUGCAGAAGCGAUAUUUUUUGCACAUCUGUUCAUUCCAAAACUGUUAGCCAAGCACAGUCCAAUCAUUUGACAUCUCUGAAUUAAAAUUAACAUACAAUCAGCCCAACAUACUAUUUAAUAGGGCUUUAAUAGUUAUUUUCGACUUCGUUAAAAUUUUUAUUCAACGCCUGCUUAAAUUAGAAAACUAUCGCAAUGUGGCCGUAAGUAGUCAGUUAAUGUGGGGAGAGGAAAGAUGAGCGUGGUAGUACGCCUUUUUUUGUAUGCAUUUCUGAGUAAUGAUCUCAAAUCCUGUGUAAUAUUUGUAUAGGGAAGACUCGCGCAUUUUGUAAAAAGUGUUUUGUUUAUUCUCAGCAAUUUUGUCAACUUGAAAGUCUGUCUCCUGACGGCUAUGUUGCCUCCAGAUUCCUUGCGAUUUUUUUUCCUUUUAGUUUGUGAAUGAGGAUGAUUGAAAAAGUGUAAUAUCUAAAGUUUUGACUGUUCAUUAUUGUGUAUCACGUAUGGAAUUUCAUUAAAAGGAUAUUCUGGUAAUAGGGAACAUGCCUUGUGUAUAUAGACUUUUUAAUGUUAAACUCAUGUACAGCCCUGCUUCGCGGCACUCGCUUGUUGGAACGAGAAAAUCUACUUUAAAGUAUGACUUAGUGCAGGCAUACUGUAUAUAAUCCGUAAGAUACGCUUCCUCGCUUGAAUUUGUGUGUGCAGCGAUUGCAGGCGGAUGUAAUUUGUUGUAUUUUAGAACGUUUUUUUUUCACUUCCUCAACCCCUACGACAUUGAGAUUUUCAGGCUUCCGUGCUGGUUUUAGUAAAAAUUUCUGUUCAUCGAACAUUAGACAGAAGUACCGCAUUUACCAAUGCAAGCGUUGGUGCAAUCUUUUUUUCUUGUAGCCGUAACAGCUGUUGCCUUGUAAGCUGUUCCUGAUCCACAUCGGACUGAAGCUUCAAAAGAAUGUUUGUGCUCCACAUGUAAAAUUUAUUUCGAAAGAAAGAACCUCAGAUUGCUUUAAGCGUUAAUUUUUGUCGUGUGAUUUAGUCCGAGAAGCGCGAGUGUAUGUUUUGUGUGUGCCUUUGUCGUAGAUAAGCUCCCGACAGCACGUAAAUCUCGUGAGAUACCAGAACCCUGGGCAAUGCUUGAACUAUUUUGCGACUAGAUAAGCAACAGGCAAUGCCAUAAGCAACAAUUCCGACUUACACACGCUGUUAGCUCAUUUCGUACGUGAAACGUUUCCUGUCAAGUUUCUAUUCGAGAUAUUUUAUACCAACUACCAGCAUAUCAUCUUUACUUUCAAAAAAUCUUUCUAGCGUAAGACUCGACAAAAUGGGUUAGUUCAUGUCCGUUUGUAAAUGGGUGGAUUUGCAUGGUUCCAUCAUUGCGGUCAUAGAUGCAAGUAGCAAAGCCGGCGUAUUUAUUUGUCGAUAUAUUGGAGAGCUCAUGAAGUUUUCCACAGCAGUUCCUGAUUUCGACCACUGUUCGCGUCACAAUUUGUGUUCUCUGCACACCUUGAAUGCUAUUUGCACUAUUACUGGCAGAGAUUGAAUUUUACUGUGAUUACCCAUUGUGGGAACUUGGUUCUUGUGUUGUAAUUUUCUUCUCUAAUGUGUUUCUUCUGUUGUUCAGGAGCGCACUCAUCAAAACUGGCAUAAUGGGCGCUAGAAUUUGACGUGAUCUUUUUUUCUUCGUUACACAAUUAUUGUAACUAGUCUUUGGAAUUAGCCUCAGUGUUGUCGGUAAAUUGCUUACGUUUUCCUAAUUUCUCUGCAUCUUUCGGAAUAUCCUUUCCGUUCUUAGAUUUAUUAUGGUUAAUACCACUCGGUUGAUGUUUAGUGUAGUUUUUUUAUUUAUUAUUUAAAUCCAUGUUAUUAGGACACUAUUUUAUACUGUUGUUCUUCCAUGUUCCCACGCACUCAAAUGGCGCAAGACACGUUCAUUUGUCUUAAGAAGUCCCCGAAAAAAAUGUCAUAAUUUAUUUGUAUGCAAUUGAGUGAUUGGUGCGGUUCUUGACAUGUUCGUUCGCAUUUUUUCUCCUUCCAAAAGUAAUGAAUCUUCCAAAAUAUAGUGUGCCUGACGAGCACGGAGGUGUCGCGCACCACAGCCCUCGAGUAAUCCUUGAGGAAUAUGAUCGCUGUAGAUUAUUGUUUCUCUAAAUUACGUGAAAAAUGCUUUGAUUCGAGUACAAUAUUUCGACUGUAAUGAAUGAUAAGGGUAGGAUUUUUCUUUAAAGUUUUAUAGAAUGUACCACAAAAGCUAAUAGACUAUACCAGCUAAA